AAACAACUCGAACCACCACCACUACUCUCUCUCUAAAACCCCUUUCUCUCUCUAACCACAACCAGCAUGGAUCCCGUUAAUGUGUGGGGCAACACCCCCCUAGACGCCGCCGACCCAGAGAUCUUCGACCUCAUUGAGAAAGAAAAACGCCGCCAGUGUCGCGGAAUCGAACUAAUCGCAUCCGAAAACUUCACUUCAUUCGCCGUCAUCGAAGCCUUAGGCUCCCCAUUAACCAACAAAUACUCCGAAGGCAUGCCCGGCAACCGUUACUACGGCGGCAAUGAGUACAUCGACCAAAUCGAAAACCUCUGCCGCUCACGCGCCUUACAAGCCUACCGUCUUGACCCCACCAAAUGGGGUGUCAAUGUUCAACCGUAUUCUGGAUCUCCCGCCAAUUUCGCAGCCUAUACUGCUUUGUUGAACCCCCAUGAUCGGAUCAUGGGUCUGGAUCUGCCUUCAGGUGGGCAUUUGACGCAUGGAUACUAUACAUCUGGUGGGAAGAAGAUAAGUGCGACUUCGAUUUACUUCGAGAGUUUGCCGUAUAAGGUGAGUAAGGAGACUGGGUACAUUGAUUAUGACAAGAUGGAGGAGAAAGCUUUGGACUUUAGACCUAAGUUGAUUAUCUGUGGUGGGAGUGCUUACCCUAGAGAUUGGGAUUAUAAGAGGAUUAGGGAGAUUGCUGAUAAGGUUGGCUCCCUCAUGCUUUGUGAUAUGGCUCAUAUUAGUGGCCUUGUUGCUGCUCAGGAAGCUGCAGAUCCGUUUGAGUACUGUGAUGUAGUCACAACCACCACUCACAAGAGUCUAAGGGGACCAAGAGCGGGUAUGAUCUUCUACCGUAAAGGUCCAAAACCACCGAAGAAGGGUCAACCAGAAGAUGCAGUUUAUGACUUUGAAGACAAGAUCAAUUUCGCUGUUUUCCCUGCCCUUCAAGGUGGUCCCCACAACCACCAGAUCGGUGCACUAGCCGUUGCCUUGAAACAAGCCAUGUCACCCGGAUUCAAGGCUUAUGCUAAGCAGGUUAGAGCCAAUGCGGUUGCUCUUGGUAACUACUUGAUGAGCAAAGACUACAAACUUGUCACCGGUGGAACCGAAAACCAUCUUGUUUUGUGGGAUCUUCGUCCUCUUGGCUUGACCGGAAACAAGGUUGAGAAGCUUUGUGAUCUUGCAAACAUUACCGUCAACAAGAAUGCCGUGUUUGGUGACAGUAGUGCUUUGGCUCCCGGAGGUGUUCGUAUUGGUACACCUGCAAUGACAUCAAGGGGUUUAGUUGAGAAGGAUUUUGAACAAAUUGGCGAGUUUCUUCACCGCGCUAUUCAAAUCACUCUAAGCAUCCAGAAGGAGUUUGGGAAAUUGUUGAAGGAUUUCAACAAGGGUUUGGUGAACAACAAGGAUAUUGAACAACUUAAGGCUGACGUCGAGAAGUUUUCUGGGUCGUUUGACAUGCCCGGGUUCUCGUUGGCCGACAUGAAGUACAAGGAUUAAGCUUUGGAGAAAGAUCCUAUGAUGAUGAUGUUGUUUGUGUUGUUAUUAGUUACAGUUUCUUGGCUUUUUUUGAUGAUUGAAAUGAGAAUAUUUGAUGUAUGCGUUGGUUGAAAGGCAAUAAGAUCUCUCACGUAUGUUUCAUUUCCACAUGUAAGGUUGUUUCUUUUUUCAGUUUUGCAAGAAAAUUUAUAAUGGGCUGAAAUGGAUACCAUUUUUUGUUG